AUGAGCCAGGCUCCCGAAAGCACCAACUGCUCGUUCAGUGACGUGGACGAGCUCACCAAGACCCUCCAGCUGGCCGUGCACCUCCCCACCUUCCUCGUGGGCCUGCUCCUCAACCUGCUGGCCAUCCGCGGCUUCGGCUCCUUCCUGAAGAGGCGCCGGGACUACGCAGCCACCUCCAUCUACAUGAUCAACCUGGCCGUCUUCGACCUCCUGCUGGUCCUCUCGCUCCCGUUCAAGAUGGCGCUGUCGCGGGUGCAGCCUCCCUCCCCGGCCUUCUGCACGCUAGUGGAGUGCCUCUACUUCAUCAGCAUGUACGGGAGCAUCUUCACCAUCUCCUCCAUCAGCCUGGACAGGUUCCUGGCCAUUCAGUACCCGCUCCUGGUCAGCCACCUCCGCUCCCCCAGGAAGACCUUGGGGAUCUGCUUCGCCAUCUGGCUCCUGGUGUGGACGGGAAGCAUCCCGAUCUACAGCUUUCACGGGCAGGUGGAGACGUACACGUGCUUCCACAACAUGUCUGACGGCACGUGGAGCGCCCAGGUCUUCUUCCCCCUGGAGGUGUUCGGCUUCCUCCUUCCCAUGGGCGUCAUGAGCUUCUGCUCCUACAGAAACAUCUGCACGCUACUCAGCCGUCGAGACCGGACUCAGGACUGGGUCCAGCAGAAAGCCUGCAUCUGGACCAUCGGCGCCAGCCUGGCUGUGUUCGUGGUCUCCUUCCUCCCGGUGCACCUGGGCUUUUUCCUGCAGUUCCUGGUGAGGAAUGGCUUCAUCGUCCAGUGCGGAGCCAAGCGGAGCAUUAGCUUGUUCCUGCAGCUGUCGCUGUGCUUCUCCAACAUCAACUGCUGCCUCGACGUUUUCUGCUACUACUUCGUCAUCAAAGAGUUCCGCGCGGACAUCAUGGCCCACCGGCCUUCCAGGGUCCGGCUGGUCCUUCAGGACACUGUGACUACCAGGGGUUAAGGGACGGCGGCGGCUUUGCCCAGAGGAAGGAAAUCCUAGUCCCAGAGUCUCGUUAGGGACAUCCUGUUCCAACUAGCAUGAGUUCUCUUUGAUGAUGAGCACCGUCUUAGCUCUUUGUACUCCUAAACAUCUUUCCACAGCCUCCAGAUACCUUGAUGUAGAUCACCUCCGGUCUGGGAUUUGGGAUGAACCUAGGUCCCAGGUGAAGGCUUCAUUUCUAAGUCCAAAGAAGUAUGAGGCAGAAGAUUCAAAAUUCAUCUG